AACCAUCGAUAACUCGGUGACCGCAAAACGAUUCUAUGUACAUGUGCACUCGCUAGUUUACACCGUUCGAAUGAAUGAAGGAUAAUAGUUUAUCCAGUGCGAUGAUACGGAUCUUGUGUAUUGUUAUCGUCGCGCCAUUCAUAAUCCUCUCGAGUUUGGCGUAUAAUCCCCCAUCUCUGGGAUGGAUGGAGCAGUUAUAUAAAUAGUUCGAGUCCGGCGCGUAUUGUUUCAAUUGUUUGGUGAUUUUUCAAGUGAUACGGACGAAAUGAAUUUCGCGCUAAAAGUGUUUUGCCUCGCCGUCCUGGUGGUCCACGGUUUCGCUCAGAAUGAAAAUGAUGAAGGGGAAUUCGGAAAGCGCCAGUCGCCGAUAGAUAUACAAACAGGUCAAUUAAAGUCUGCCUUUAUGCGUUCAUUGAAAUGGAACCAGGGAUAUUUCGAACUGCCGGACAGUAUGGAAAUGAUGUCGGAUGGUCACAGCAUUGUCCUUUCGACGAAGCAACCCUUCGCCCCAUCAAUAUCCGGAGGGCCUUUGAAGCACGAGUACAGAUUGCAUAGCUUGCAUUUCCAUUGGGGUUCCGAGAAUAAUAGAGGUAGUGAACAUACGAUCAACGGAGUUUCUGCUGGGAUGGAAAUACACGCAGUCCAUGUGCAGGAUGGAUACACUUUUGAAGAGGCCAAGCAGAAAGUUGGCGCCAUAUGCGUAGUCGGAUACUUCGUUGAAGUUUACCAACCUAUGAUCUUCGAGAAGCAUCGUAACUUGGACGCCUUCAAGAUCAUCACCGAGGAGUUUGAAUAUCUGCAGGGUGUGAACCAAGGGCAUAAUCUAACUCGCCACUUCCCUCUGAAGAACUUGUUGGUUCCCUUCAGAGAUGAGUACGUGACGUACGCCGGCUCGUUAACCACCCCGGAUUAUAACGAGGUCGUGAUCUGGAUUGUCUCGCCAUACACCAUAAAGAUAUCACCUAAACAGAUGGAGAGGUUCAGAGCCCUUGUUCCCGAAUUGGUAGACGAUAACGACAACUUCCGUCCAACACAACCGUUGAAUGGCAGAUCCGUCUACCUUGCCCGUUGCGGCUACCCAAUGUCCGAGAGGAUCCUUGAUUCCGAAUACUUUGCACAAAAUUACUACGAUUCCCUGUCUCCUUACCGUUACAAUAACAUCUACAAAACUAUAAUUUUCAACAACGAGAGCUACGAUUUGGAAAGUUUCCGCGGCGAGAUGGGUAAAGUCAGCGAUGUAACCGAGCUGACGGAUGACCAUAUUUACUUCUUCGACGAUUACAUUUAUCCUCCGGCCAAUGCUAACCACAAGAACGUAAAGCUAGUUAAUUACAAUAAUAUGCUGCAUCCUGUCUACCAUGAAGAUAACGAUCUCACUUACGGCGUUGACUUAAUGGGUCUCAUAGGCAAAAACCAUGCCUCUAUCAAUUACCAUCCAGAUUACAUUGUCUCCUCCGUUUACGGCGCAGGCAACAAGUUCUACAAAUAAUUGAAAAUAACAAUACAAACAAUUCUAACUCUAAUAUUAAGUUUUAAAUAAUAAACGAACUAACCACUCAACUUGCUAAUUGUUGAUUAGUUAUAGUUCAAUACCUCGCAUGUAUAGUAAUGUACAAAAUAUAAAUAAAAU